AAAAUUUCAACUACAAGAUUCAGUUUCAGUUUCCCUCCAAUGAAGUUCUUUCUUCUCCUCUUUUUUACACUUUUUUCUGUAGCACUUGUAGGAAGUCAUGCAGUGACUCCUGAAGUAUACUGGAAGUCUGUGUUACCAAACAGUCCUAUGCCAAAAUCAAUCAAAGAUCUUCUAUAUUCAGAAUGGAACGAUGAGAAGAGCACCGCAGGAAAAAGUGGCGUAGGCGUUCAUACCUACAAAGGGAAGCCACUUUACUUUGAUGUUCAGAAUGUACCUGCUUUCCACACAUCCUUUCUCAACAGGUACACGGAGGCUGCAUCCGAGAAGGAUGUAUCCUUUCUCAACAGGUACACCGAGGCUGCAUCUGAGAAGACUGCAUCCUUUCUCAACAGGUACACCGAGGCUGCAUCUGAGAAGACUGCAUCCUUUCUCAACAGGUACACAGAGGCUGCAUCCGAGAAGGCUGCAUCUGUAUCCUUUCUCAACAGGUACACAGAGGCUACAUCCGAGAAUCAGCUCAAGGAUAAUCCAAAUGCAGCGUUGUUCUUCUUCGAAAACGACUUGCAUCUAGGCAAAGAAAUGAAUCUAUAUUUCAAUAAAAACGACCAAAAAGCGAAGUUUUUACCACGAGAAAUCGCUGAUUCAAUACCCUUUUCGUCAAACAAGCUUCCCCAAAUUUACAACGAGUUCUCAGUUAACCCCGGCUCCAUGGAAGCCAAAGUCAUGAAGCAAACGCUUGAAGAAUGCGAGAAACCAAGCAACGAAGGUGAAGAGGGGUAUUGUGCGACUUCAUUGGAAUCCAUGGUGGAUUUUAGCACUACCAGACUUGGUAAAAAGGUGAAAGUGAUUUCAACAGAGGUAAACACUAAAGAAAGUAUCCUCGUAGGAAUGUACAAAAUCGAAGUCGCUAAAAAGUUUCCUGCAAACACAGCCGUGGUUUGCCAUAAGCUAAACUACGCACACGCGGUCUUUUAUUGCCAUAAAACCGUUAGCACUCGAGCCUAUGCAGUUUCUAUGAUCAGUGCUGAUGGUAAGAAAAUGAAUGCGGCCGCGGUUUGCCAUACUGAUACCUCGAAAUGGAACCCGAAACACUUGGCGUUCCAAGUGCUUAAAGUGAAACCAGGUGCUGUUCCGAUUUGCCAUUUCUUGCCUGAAGAUCAUGUUGCUUGGGUUCCAUACUAGUAAACUCCUUCAGCAGCAAAAACAUAGUGCUGUAUGUGAAUGAAUAUGUGUGUGUGUAUGUCAAGAAUCUAUUAGUGUUGCUUGGGUUAGUGUUGUUGCUCUUUUGUUUAAUUAUUAUCAGCAUAUGUAAUGGUGCGGUUCCUAAAGCGGGUUCAACAGGUGGUAAGCAGUAACACCGCACAUGUUAAGGGGCAGAAUUUUGUGUUUAGCAGGGUAGGGUUUGCUAUUCAGAAAGGGGUAGCGGCGCAGCUU